UCCGAAAGUCGUAAAGAGGAAGAGGAAGAGGAAGCAAAGCGAAACAAAGAGGAACAAUGGAGUCUCCGAAGAAGAUAGCUCAUGAGAUCGGUGGUGUGAAGAGAGACGCUCUUCGAUUUGGUCUCAACGGCGUUAAGAGCGACAUCGUCGGAUCUCACCCACUCGAAUCCUCUUACGAAUCUGAGAAGAGAUCUCAUGAGGCGAUGAAGAGGACGAUCAUUGGGCAUACCUACGGGACUGCACUUCCAUUGAAGAUGGAUAUGGACAGGCAAAUUCUCUCUCGGUUUCAAAGACCGUCUGGACCAAUUCCCUCGUCAAUGCUAGGUUUGGAAGUCUACACAGGAGCCAUUGAUGACUUUGGUUUUGAGGAUUACUUGAAUGACCCUCGUGACUCGGAGACAGUCAGGCCGGUAGACUUCCACCACGGGAUGGAAGUUCGUCUUGGCAUGUCGAAGGGCCCGGUUGCCCCAAGUUUCAUUUGAGCCCCACCCCCCCAAUCAGGGGUGGGUUUUGUUUCAUGUUAUGGCUUUUUAGCGUUUGAAUGAUGAAUCAAGGGGGAUCGUUUUAUGAACUUCUUUCUACUUGUACUCUCUCUCUUGAGUCCUUGACCCAAGUUUGAAGUCUGAUGAGACAACUACUGAAUAUGGUCAAUCAAUUCUAGUAUGUUAGGUU